AUGGACAUGAUGCUGUUGGUGCAGGGUGCUUGUUGCUCAAACCAGUGGCUGGCUGCUGUGCUCCUCAGCCUGUGCUGCUUGUUGCCCUCCUGCCUCCCAGCUGGACAGAGUAUGGACUUCCCUGGGGCAGCUGUGGACAACCUGGUGGUCAGAAAAGGGGACACGGCUGUGCUUAGGUGUUAUUUGGAAGAUGGCGCUUCAAAAGGUGCCUGGCUGAACCGGUCAAGUAUUAUUUUUGCAGGAGGUGAUAAAUGGUCAGUAGAUCCUCGAGUUUCAAUUGCAACAGCAAAUAAAAGGGAAUACAGCCUACAGAUACAGGAUGUAGAUGUGACAGAUGACGGUCCAUACACUUGUUCUGUGCAGACCCAACACACUCCGAGAACAAUGCAGGUGCACUUAACUGUACAAGUUUCUCCGAAGAUAUCUCGUAUUUCAACUGACAUUGUUGUGAAUGAAGGAAGCAAUGUUACACUUACUUGCUUGGCCACUGGGAAACCAGAGCCUUCCAUUUCUUGGAGACACAUCUCUCCAUCAGCAAAACCAUUUGAAAAUGGACAAUAUCUGGACAUCUAUGGAAUUACAAGAGACCAGGCUGGGGAAUAUGAAUGCAGUGCAGAAAAUGAUGCCUCAGUCCCAGACGUGAAAAAAGUAAAAGUCACAGUAAACUUCGCCCCCACAAUUCAGGAACUUAAAUCCAGUGGUGUGAUGCUAGGAGGUAAUGGACUGAUAAGAUGUGAAAGUGCAGGAGUUCCUGCUCCAGUCUUUGAGUGGUACAAAGGAGAGAGAAAACUGAUCAAUGGUAAACAUGGAAUUACUAUUAAAAACUAUAGUACAAGAUCACUUCUCACUGUCACCAAUGUAACAGAGGAGCAUUUCGGCAACUACACAUGUGUCGCUGCCAACAAGCUGGGGGUGACCAAUGCCAGCCUGCCUCUCAACCCUCCAAGUACAGCCCAGUAUGGGAUUACCGGUGGUGCUGAAGUUCUGUUCUCCUGCUGGUACCUUGUGUUGACACUAUCCUCUUUCACCAGCAUAUUCUACCUGAAGAACAUCAUUCUACAAUAA